AUGCCUUCUGAUGAGGCAAUGGACAAUUCUCAGGGGAUAGAAGAUUCCCAUUCUAUGGCUAAACGGCCUAUUGAUAUUGAGAGCGUGAAGCGCAAGAAGUUCAAGACCGAUGACCUUCCUUUGUCUGCCGCGCAACAUGCAGUCAUUGACAAACUCCUACAUUCAUUCAAGAAGAAGGGUGGCUUUGAUAGUGUUCGUAAACAAAUAUGGGCUGACUUCAACGAAGGAGAACUUCGAACCGACUUUACCAACAAGUUGGUCGCACUUGCAGAGUCAGAGAUCGAUCGCGAGCCAGCGCUGCUAUCCCGCGAAAGAGGAAAAGCAGCGACACUCAUUGAGGGCGCGGUGGACCGUGGUGAUGUCUACAAGAGCGUGGAGGACUCCAUCGACCAAUUAGCAUCCAAACACCUGAAUUUUAUCCUCGAAUCUGUUCGUGAGAUCCGAUGCCAGGACGUUGGAGAGGAAGUGGCCGCUCGUGAACUCGAGCUAGGAAACAAAACCGAUGCAGAUUAUGAAGCCUACGUCAGCGCCCAGCGGAAGGAGCGGGAAAAAGUGUGGCGCGAGGAGGAGCGCAAACAGAGGGAGAUUGAGGAAGAGGAAAAACGCAUCAGGGACGAAGAACGCAAGAAGAAACGUGAACUUGAACGACAAAAAGACGAGGAAGAGCGGGCCCGAAGAAAGGAAAUUGAUGAACAGAGGCGAGCUGAUCGUGAACGCCAACGCGAAGAGCAGCGAAUUCUCGAUGAGCAACGAGAACGAGAGCGGGAUGAAAGAUAUGAGCGACGAAGGCGAGAAGAUAGGGAGAGAUAUCGAGGCUGGGACCGCGACCACAGUCGAACUCGAGAUAGAGACCGUCUCCGUGAUCGCUCUCCGGCCUAUCGCUCUGACCGUGGCUUAUCCCCUUGGCCCCGGGAUUCAAAACAUGACAAGCCAUCUACGUCGAAUGCUCCCACUCCUGUGCUAGCCCCUCUCGUGGAUGAGAAGUCACUUGAGGAGGCUGCUUUGCAAAUGUUAUUGAAAGAAGGCGAAGAACUUGCAGCCAAGGCUCGACAGAAGCCUGAGUUUGACUUUGAAGAAGCCGAAGCUAUUGAAAAUGGACUGAAACCGCCAGUAUCAACGUUGGGGCCGGCCAAGAGCGCCAAUGAUUCUAGGUUCUCCAAUACCUCUACUAGAGCAGCCAGUCUAUCCCGAGAUGCUGACGUGAGGCGUGGUUCUCUUGUUGACCGGGGUGAUCGGUCCCGACAUUUGACUCGGGAUCGAAGUUGUAGUCUCUCGCGUCGACGGCGCACGUCCCGUUAUGACGCAGAUCGUCGACGUGAACGGUCCCGGGAUACUUCUGUGAGGUCUCGAGACCGUGAUAUGGAUGCGCGCCGUGGCUACCGCGACUUCCGGGAUGACCGAGGUGGUGGAAGCUACCGACCAAGCCGUCGCAGCCGCAGUCGAUCAGCCGGCCGGCGUGACCGGGACCGCAGUGUUGGCCGCGAUAGAGAUAGAAUACGGGAUCGAUCGCGGUCGAAAGACCGUGACCGAGACCGCAGCCGCAACCGAGACCGAGAUCAUGACAAUUAUCGUCCUCGGCGCAGUCGGCCCUCUCGCUCACCCGUACGCCGACGUUCUCGCAGUCGCUCACGCUCGCGCCGUCGUGUUCGUGACCGAGGGCGGUCACGUUCUCGAUCUACUCGACGGCGCUCUCGGUCUCGGCGUCGCUCGCCUUCUCCCACUCUAGACAUCGAUCGCUACGUGCCCUCCACCAGCAACAGGAGCAAGUCACCCCGUCGCCGGGUCCGAUCUCCAGAGCGAGAGCGAGAACAGCGACCCCGGUUAGCUGACAUUGACCGUUACAAGCCUGUAUCUGAACGUGAUAAGGAUCUGACUCAAGCAAAAGAUGGAGAUAUUGAGGUUGGCACGGUAAAAGAAAAGGACAACGAAAAAGAAAAAGAGAAGGACGUGGAUGAUCGCCGACCUCGUCGACGAACCCCUAGUCGCCGAAGGAGUCGUAGCCGACGAAGAAGCCCAAGUCGACGAAGAAUUCCAAGUCGACGACGAAGCCCAAGUCGACGACGAAGCCCAAGUCGGCGACGAAGCCCAAGUCGACGACGAAGCCCAAGUCGACGACGAAGUCGCAGUCGCAGAAGGAACCGGAGCCGAUGA